AUCAAUUGAUACAAUUUCAAGAGAGAGAGAGAGAGAUAGGGAGAUAUUUGAAUUGUGCAGAAGAAAAAUACAGUACUAGGAGAAGAAGGAACCAAAAUUAGAUAGUUUAAGACAGUGAUUCAGAGUGUUAGAUUCUACUAUUAGUUUUUGUUUUCAAUUUUGUUUGUCUUCUUUCCAUACUUAACAAAAUAUUUAUGUGAAUUCAUCGAUAAUAUAUGACUCCUCAGCUGCAUUAAAUUUCCAGGUGGGAUUUAGCUCUUUCAUGACUAGGGCUUUAAUGAGGGUUUGUUAGAGGAGCUUAUCUCCACUCACAAAAUAACAAAAAAAAUUUCUUUAAAUCUCAAUAUUUUUCUUCUUUUUUUGUCACAAUUCAACUAAAUUAUUCGUCUCCCUCCGCCCACCAAAAAUAGCAAUGUUUCCGAUGGCGAUUCCGAGUUCAAGCGAAAACGGCAGCUGUUCUAGGGUUAAUCGCGAUAUCGGCACCUUAAAUUCAAUGCUGCCUAAUUCCACCACCAUCGCCGCCGCCGCCACCACCACCCCUCCAAUCAAGCCCAAGAAGAAGAGAAACCUACCCGGAAACCCCGAUCCCGACGCAGAGGUGAUCGCGCUGUCGCCCAAAACCCUAAUGACGGCGAACAGGUUCGUGUGCGAGAUCUGCAACAAGGGUUUCCAGAGGGAUCAGAAUCUUCAGCUGCACAGGAGGGGCCACAAUCUGCCGUGGAAGCUGAAGCAGAGGAGCACGAAGGAGGCUCGCAAGAGGGCGUAUGUCUGCCCGGAGCCAUCGUGCCUCCACCACCACCCGUCCCGUGCGCUGGGGGACCUCACGGGGAUCAAGAAGCACUACUGCCGGAAGCACGGCGAGAAGAAAUGGAAAUGCGAGAAAUGCUCGAAGAUCUACGCCGUGCAGUCGGAUUGGAAAGCUCACUCGAAGACCUGCGGGACUCGAGAGUAUCGAUGUGACUGUGGAACCCUCUUCUCCAGGAAGGAUAGCUUCAUCACCCACAGGGCAUUUUGUGAUGCAUUGGCUGAAGAAAGUGCAAGGCUCUCAGCUGUCACAAACUCAAUCUUGGACCCAGACUCAAUCUUGGCACCAAACCCUAACUUCGCCCCGGCCCCCGCCCCCGUCCCUGCCCCUGCCGCCACCCAACCCUACCUCUUCACCACCCCAAACAUCCUCUCCUUCUCCCCCGGCCACCACCGCCAAUUCGGCCAGUCGUGGGGGCCUCAGCCCCCCCAAAUCCCCAUGGACCUCUCCCAUGCUGAGCAAACCCUAGCCCCACUCUACCAAGGCAUGGGGAGUGCCGCGAUGUCUGCCACCGCGCUCCUCCAGAGGGCGGCCGCGGUGGGGCCAGCCCACGUGGGGUCCUCCAGCAUGGCAGGACUGGACAUGGCGUGGCAGAGGGGGGGCGGCGGCGGCGACGUAUUGACCAGGGACUUCCUCGGCCUCACCGGCGGCGGAAGCAGCAGCGGCGGCGGAGGGGGCGGAGGUAGGGAGGAGCUGCUGCCGCUGGUGAAGCUGUCGGCGUUUGAGAGGGAUCACAGCUAUGUGAAUGUGAUGAAGCAGCAUGGAUAUGGGUUCAGCGGGUGGGGAAACUGCUAGAGAGAGAGAGGGGAAAGUGCUUUAUUUAGUACAACCCAAUAAAGAGGGAGGCAAAAGGGCCUAAUGGUUUUUGAACAAUGUUUUAUUUGGUUUUUGUUUUUUGCUUGGACGUUUUUGGAUUAUCUAUUACUGAGACUAAUCAAUCAAAUGCGGGUUUCAUAAGUUGA